UUUUUCAUCCUGGCAGUGUUUUCUUCUGCCUUUUUUCCAAAGCCAAGAUGAGGAGUUAGGCAAGCUGUUGUUUCUGCAGACAGAAAUGACCUGUUCCUGCAAUCAGGCAGUUUCCACCUCGGUUAUUCAUUGGUGGGCAUUACUACUGUGUGCUGCUCCACACUGAGCAUGUUUGGGUUGUCUCUUCUUGCCCACUGAUGUGAGUGUGCAGGAGGAGAGGGCACCUGGUUCAUGCUGGGAUACCCAGUGUGCCAGCACUCGACAUGAUUGCGCUCUCCAUACCACCCACUGGGCGACAACUGGCCCCCGGCAGGCUGGCACACACAGCAAUAAAGGACCUACCACCACAGAGUGAGAUCACUUUAUCACAAGUGCAGCAUCCCAUUUUGGGGCUGUGGGAUGUGCACACUGGUGUACAGCCUUCAGAGUUGCUGUGGUGCACACAGUGUGGCAGUACACCCAAUGUGUGUCCAAUACACAGUGGCACUUUGACCAGUGGGCUGGGCUCAGCCAGCCCCAGCCUCCAACCAUCUCUCCACAGCAAAAAGUGUAGCAGUUUCAUGUCCCCAUGUCCCUCUGAUGACAUGUUUCUAAAUGGCAUCCUGCACUGAAUGUUCCGACAGCCUUCACUCUUGUGUUCGACUCCAAGACAGGCCACCAAGAUGACAUCCCAUCGCUGUUUUGUAUUACUGCAGCAAGAUUUUGUGUUCUGCAGCACUGAGUGACUGGCAAGCUGAAAAACAAUAUCCUAACAGAGUGAAGAUGCAAGCUUGUGUGACAUAUUUUUGGGAUAAAGCAAUAUUGCCAGACAUUUGGGAAUUAGUCCCAAAAAAAAGGACAUUUUUCUCAUUGGUUUGCUUCAUAAUUAGUUCCAAACUUCAGAGUGAGUGCAGCUUCCAAGUACGAAGAAUUGCUUAUGUUUAAUUUAGAACAGUUCAUUUAUUUCUCAACUAAUUUAAAUCAGAGCCACAACAGGGACUUUAUAAAUGGGGAAGUCAUUUUAAUAAUUACUUCCUCAUAAGACAUGCCCAAGAGGAAAAGAGAUGCUCUCAGUCAUGGAGCUGCUCUCCUAAGCAUGAGGGGGAUCAGGCUUUCCUCCCUCUGCUUUCUGAUGCACCUGCUGCAGGACAAGAUAAGCACCUUUUUAGUCCUGGAAAAUCGAGACCUGCGAGAUGCAAUCAAGCCACAGGGGGUACGGUUUUACUCACUGAACUUCAACAAUACCCUGCACUGGCAGCCUGGAAGGGCUGGAGAGGGAGAAACCACGCUCUACUUUGUGCAGUAUAAAGUGUAUGGGCAGAGCAAGUGGCAAAACAAAGAAGAGUGCUGGGGGAUUCAGAGCCAUUUCUGCGACCUGACAGAGGAGACUUCUGACACCUAUGAGGCCUACUACGGCAGGGUGCAAGCUGCUUCGACCGAUGUCCGCUCUGACUGGAGCCUCAGCUGCAGAUUCACUCCCUGGCGAGAAACUAUGAUAGGACCUCCAACAAUAAAGGUGGUUCACAGCAACAAAUCCGUAAUACUAAAGAUCCAGGCUCCACGUUCGGCUCAUAGAAGGAAGAGAGGCAGCAUGAUACCAAUGACAAAUUAUUAUGAUCUUCUGUACCAAGUCUUCAUAAUUAACAACUUGCUAGAUGAGCAACACAGAGUGCUGGUGUAUGAAGGAAAAGACAAGGUGAUCAGAAUAGAAGAUCUGAGGCCGGGAAUCAGCUACUGCAUCAUGGCUAGAACAUCAGUGCUGGUGCUGGGCCGCAGCAGUGCCUACAGCAGCAGACAGUGCACUGUGCUGCUGUGACCAGGUGGCCGCAGACCAGAGCCAGAGAGGAUGCAGCAAGCUGACAUCACCCCCUCCCCAAAAGGAGAAGGUGACAUAUGGCAGGAACGCUACGUUUGCCAGAGUUCUUGCAUCUUCUUGGCUUGUUUCACUCCAGACGAGAAUGAUACACCCAAAAAGGUUAGAAGAACGGUGUGGAUAAUUAUUUGCAUGCUGUCAGAGUGCUCAGAAAUGCCUCCUUCUUCCCUUUCUUCAAACAGUUAUGCAUAAUAUUGUUUCAUCAGUUUUUACUGCCGUCAAGCAAUUAUUAACCAGGAAAAUGAGUGGUCUCCAGCUUUGUUAACAGGCAAUUGUGCUGCAACAUCUCUAGGGAUUUACCUAGUGUGUUUAAUCUAAAUGUACCCAUCCUCACUUAAUGGCCAUUAUUUAGGUGUUAUGUGUUUAAAAACGAGUCGUUUAUCAAAUUUCAUGAGUUUCUAUGAGCCAAAAUGCAAGAGUUAUUUCAAUUAGCUGGUCUGAAUAGUCUGUUUACUCACCUCAAUCACUGUAUUAUAUUAAUGUAUCACUUGCUCAGCAGAGAGAUUUAUUAUUCAUCCUGCCUUGCAAGUGCCAAGGCGCAAAGCACAUAAGGACAUCUGUGACACUGGCCACAGCAAGCUUAAGUUUGGGUCCUAUCUAAGGGAGGAAACGAGGAAAUCUUCAGACUUUGAGCCUGUGCUCCUGGGUGCCUCCUGGCUAUAGCAUAACUGUAACAGAUUUUCCUUCUUCUCCUUCAUCAAGUGAUGUAUACCAUUAGUCUUUUUUGAGAUAUAGUCAAUAGUUCAGGCUAAGGAGCUUGUUUCUAGGUGAUUUCCCCACACUGCUGAAAAGCUUUCCCUCUACUGUACAAGGCUGAAAGCUCAGGUAAGUGCAGAACAGCUUACAGAGGUACAGAAGGGGUGCAGGCAGAAGGCAUCUUCAGUUGAAAUCCAUAGCAUGCAGCUUAAACAUGCACUGCAGCAGCAGUUCUUUCUCUUCCCAGUUACUGCAAUAAUGGUGGAGGCUGCCUCCUGUUACAGGCCCAGCUGUAAACUGACAUCUGGAGUCUAGAAUAUGGCUGGACUACAUAUGUGGAUGCUUUUUAAAUUAAACUUUGCUGCAUUAAAUAAUUAAUGCAUCACAAUCAUCUAAUGUUACACAAAUCCCAAGGAUUCUUUGUAUGCCCUAUAGCACAAUUUAAGACAAUAUGUAUCUGCAUUUACAGAACAAAGUCAUAUAUUGUAAUAAAAAAAAUGUGA